AUGACCCCUGCACCACACCACACGACACGACACGACACGACACGACACCACACCACACGACACCACACCACACCCCGCGAUGAAUCCGGGUGCGUCUGGGACCGAAGCGAUGGAGGCCACCGGUCGCGGAAACAGACACGGCGCCUGCGCUCGAACGGCAAGGGAAGGGCGAUCGACCGGCAUCCCCCUCCGCUCGGCCUUCCGCUCGGCCUUCCACACAGAAAGACCACCGAAGCAAACGUCGGUUUCGGCCCGGUGGUGGCUC